UAUUUCUGUAGCCACUGUCGAAGCACUGACAUCAUUUCGCCGACACGCGGCGAAAUGCUGUCAGUCUCACUUCGUCAAACACAUGGCAGCGCGCGGAGAAACAUUCGUAAAUAUUUACACUAUGGUAAAGCGCGUAUAUUCACUUCAACUGGUGAGAAAUGUUAAUGUUCUGCCCUACUUGUGGUAAUUUGCUGCUCGUGGAAGAAGGUACUGAUUCGUUACGCUUCUCCUGUAACACGUGCCCGUAUAUAUGUAAGAUAAAGCGGAAAAUUACAAGCCGCAUUUACCCGAAGCUGAAGGAAGUUGAUCAUGUAAUGGGCGGAUCUGCUGCCUGGGAAAACGUGGAUUCAACCAGUACCGUGUGCCCAGCGUGCUCUCAUAAGCUUGCGUACUACAUGCAGAUCCAAACUCGAUCCGCUGACGAGCCGAUGACAACGUUUUACAAGUGCUGCAAACAAACCUGUGGUCAUCUGUGGCGUGAAUAGGCGCAAAAGUUCUCUUGCAU